AAGAGAUUACUGUUUGGUAUGUUUAUAUCGCUCAACAUUUGUUUACUUUUUAGUGUAACGAUUUGUUAUUUAUUUGCUGAUGAUUUUUAAAAUUUUAAUAUAAUAGCAUUUUAAAUAUGUCAAAACAGUCUAAAAAGGCGGCUGAAUAUAAAUUAAACGAUUUAGUAUUUGCAAGAGUUCGAGGUUAUCCUCCUUGGCCCGCUAGAAUCGUAGAAACAGGUCUAAAAUAUAAAGUUAUCUUUUAUGGAACAGCCGAAACAGGAUAUAUUAAAAUAGAAGAUUUAUUUAACUAUGAAGAAAAUCGUGAAUCUUUUAAGAAAAAGUUUGCGAAAAGAAAAAAUUAUCAAUUAUCUCUGAAUGAAAUUACAGUUGCAUGGAACAGAAGACAGGUGUUACAAGACUUUUUACCAAAGUCCAACUCUGUUCUUGAUACUGAUGUUAAGGAUGUGAAAGAAACAAAAGUAAUUGAAAACAAAAAACAGAUUGCGCAAAGCGAAGAUGCUAUAAAACCUAUAAAACCAGAUCAAAUUCAUCAACUCAGUAAUGCUAAAAACUCACUGAAAAAAGAGGAGGAGCCAAAACCAAGUACUUCACAGAGCAAUAAUAAGAAAAGGACUCGCACCGAUUCAGAAUCUUCAGUUCCUUCAAAGCGAUCCAAAGUGCAACAUUUGAGAGAUUUACUAGAUGACUCAUACUUACAAGGCACUAUAUUAAAGUUUGAAAGAAAAGGAAUUCUUUACACAAUGUAUUCAAUAGCAGAACUUCAAAAGAUAAAGGCUAAGCAUGAAGAGAUCUUGAGUAUGAAGGAAAAUGACAAUUUUAAUGCAGAUACUUAUGAAUUCAUUUGCGAUUAUUCUGUGGCAUUAGUGUAUGAACCAAUAAUUCAUCCUGUAGUUUUUGGAUUGCACAUAACUAAACAUAGACCUGACGAAUUUGAUGGCCCACUGGCCAGACUUGAAUGGGAAUCGGGAAUGAUCCAAGAUGUGAAUCAUAUCAUUUUAGACUUAAGGAAUACCUGUAAAAAUAUCCAGGAAGUUGUUGAUGACUAUUUUUUGGAUUUAACUGACUUUGAAGAAUUGAUGGGAACAUUAAAAAUUAUUUGUGACACAGAGAAGUUCACAGAUGUUCAAAGAGAAGCUAUAAAGCGAGAGCUUGAUAUUUUAAAAAUAGUUUUGUCUAUUCGUGAAAAUGUCCCCAUUGAGAUGAAAGAUGAAAAUCAUUUGACAAAGGCCUAUGAACUAUUAAAGCUUAUUCGGGCUAACUACAUGCCUGAUUAUAUGCCUGUUAUGAAACAUCCUGUAAUAGUUGAGUGUUUUUUUAAAUUGACUAAAUAUUCAUGUAAAUAUGAAUUAGAUAAUAAAGAAAUCAUUGACGAUAUUAAAAAGGAAGCAGGAGCCAUACUACACGAUAUUAAGCAAACUUUGAAGUUACAUAUGCAAGACGAAGAUUUUAACACAUCUUUUUGGAAGACCUAUUUAUCUUGUUUAAAGCAAUUUCGUUCUGCACUUGCCUCUGUAUGUCGGUAUGAUUUUAUUGCUUUAACUUCUAUAGAAGAGUAUGAAAGGAAACUGAAAGAAGAAAGUACUAUUCAACAGAAUCAUGUUAAUAAAUGUCUGACACGAGAUAGUGGCGAAGAUAGUAUAGAUAAACACAGUCAUACAGCAGCAGAUAUUCAUAAUGUAGAUAAUCAAUGUGAAGAAACAAAAAUAUGACAAACGAAGUCAUAAACCAAUGCCCCUCCAUACUUUAUUUACUAUUUUUUUACUAACGUAUGGAAUUAAUAGCAAAAAAAAAAAAAAAAAUAUUA